AGUGAGUGUCCUCAGAGAUGAGGAUUUUGUGAGCUCUUCAGGUUGGAGCUGGGCUUUGGCGCUGAGAGGCGCGAAGGAGUCAAAGUUCCUUUACCAUGUGCGAGGAGAUGAAGGCCACUGUGCAGAAAUGUGUGCGGAGCCCACGGCACAGCAAGGAGGCCCUGAAUAGACUUAACCAAGCCAUUCAGCAGCUGAAGACGGAGCCCCGUGAACCAGAGAAAGCCAAAGAUGUGGAGACCCUGCAGGAUGUGGCCUCAAGCAGCGCUAAAGGUAAACUGGCCUGGCUGGAGGCUGCCCUGCAGAGGGCCAAGCAGGAGAUGGCGCGGCAGCUGCGUGAGUACCAGGAGCUCAUGAUCGUCAAGCUGGGCCUGGACUUCGAGAUCGCCACCUACCGCAGGUUGCUGGAGGGCGAGGAGCAGAGGCUUUGUCUGGGACUUGGGGCAGGGAGUACGGCUCCAGGCAGCGAUGCCGCCGCCGCCCCCGGAGGCCCCCGAGUCUGUUCCCGCGGCCCGGACAUGAGCGCCCCCAGCGGCGUUUGCGCGCUCUGCAGCUCCGCGGGCUGCGCCGGCUGCCUUGGCUUCCGCGAAUGUUGAACCCUUCCCUCCCCGCUUCCCUCCAGAGAAGACUAGGAACGCGUGCUUCUGCCCAAAGACUUGGCCCUCUUGUCUCAGAUUCCCUCGCCCACAGAGCGGGCCCUCACCUCCUCGUCUCUUUUGCACCUCACCUGGAACUCGAUGGGACGCUGGUGUCACCCUGUAGACACGGCCUGUGGCUUACCGGAUCCUUGUGCCCUGCCCCCUCUGACUUGCCCCAUCCCUUUUUUCUAGGCUUCCCCUUUUAAUAAAACUUUCAGUGGCGGCUAA